AUUAACAUUCUGUGGUGUAGCACUGUGCGGCAUUCCUUUGAAGCACCCUAUUUUAUAUCCACUCUAGGCUUUCCACGUUCUGCGGCAUAGCAUAAUCUUUACGUUUACGCUUAUUUACAAAAUGUAUAUUUGACAGAAAUAGUUGUCUAAAAUAAAUAUGCUUGACAUUUUGCUAUCACCGUGUGAUAUUGUGACUUUGAGAAGGUGUUCAUAUGGGAUGCAUGAGGCAUGCGAGAGAAGCGGAGCGCUCGGUGUCCUGGUGUGAGCUCUAGCUGCCGUGUGUGAAGAUGGCGAGUGGCGCGGAUGGAGACGCGCCUCCCCAGCAGUCCGUGCUGACGGACUUUGAGUUGAAGAAACUAUCGGAAGAAAGUUUGACCCGCCAGCCAGAAGAAGUGUUUGAUAUUAUCUGUAAACUGGGAGAAGGGUCGUACGGCAGCGUGUACAAGGCCCUGCACAAGGAGUCGGGCCAGGUGCUGGCCAUCAAGCAAGUGCCGGUCGACUCCGACCUGCAGGAGAUCAUCAAGGAGAUAUCCAUCAUGCAGCAGUGCCACAGCCCCUGGAUCGUCAAGUACUAUGGCAGUUACUUCCACAACACCGACCUCUGGAUCGUGAUGGAGUACUGCGGGGCCGGCUCAGUGUCCGACAUCAUGAGGCUGUGCCAGAAGACCCUGACGGAGGAGGAGAUUGCCACCAUCUUGUGCGACGCCCUCAAAGGCUUGGAGUACCUGCACCUCCGCAGGAAGAUUCACCGCGACAUCAAGGCUGGCAACAUUCUCCUCAACUCGGAGGGCCACGCCAAGCUCGCAGACUUUGGUGUCGCGGGACAGCUGACGGACACCAUGGCUCAGAGGAACACCAUGAUAGGGACUCCGUUCUGGAUGGCACCUGAGGUCAUACAGGAGAUAGGAUAUGACUGUGCUGUCGACAUCUGGAGUCUAGGCAUCACUGCUCUGGAGAUGGCAGAAGGAAAGCCCCCGUACGGAGACAUCCACCCGAUGAGGGCCAUAUUCAUGAUCCCCACCAAGCCGCCGCCGUCGUUCCGGCAGCCGGACAAGUGGUCCCCGGAGUUCAUAGACUUCGUGAGCAGCUGCCUGGUGAAGAGCCCCGAGGAGCGAGCCUCCGCGUCGGAGCUGCUGCAGCACGACUUCAUAGGCAACGCCAAGCAUCCCAGCAUCCUGCACCAGAUGAUCCAGGAGGCACAGAAGAUCAGGGAGGACCAGGCGCAGUGGGGCGUUGGCCGCAGGAGCAACCUCCUCCAGUUCUCGGUGGCACAGUCGCAGAAAGUAGACGACUGCGACCCGGGCACGAUGGUUGAGCUUGCGUCUGAUCUCCACACCAUGGUCAUCAACAGCUACAAGGAUGACGCUACACUGAAGGGCGGACAGACAGAAUCCAAAGCAUCGCCCCACCGCUACCACCCUAUGUUUCUUGAUCACAUGGACAGGACCCAGGCUGAAAGUAACCAGGUGUCUGCGGCCCUGUCGUCCGACCCGACUGCCUGCAGCCGGUCCUCCGACACGGAGUCCCUGGCCGCUCCCGGGGACGCCUCCCCCCCGGUGGGCCAGUCCGCGGACCAGCAGUACCACAAGAUGGUGUUUGACGGUCGCUUUGAGUUCCUGAAGUUCCUGAACUACGAGGAGUUGCGCCAGCGAAUGGAGAACCUAGACAGCGAGAUGGAGCAGGAGAUCUUGGCGCUGAGGCGUCGCUACCAGAAGAAGCACCAGCCCAUUCUUAAUGCGAUGGAUCAGAAGAGGAAGAGACAGCAGAACUUCUGACUUACUGCCUCUGCUGUCUUGGAAAUUGUUUCAACUCAGUAGUGGUCGUAGUAGCAUCAGAUUUAUUUUUUCUGUGUGUAGUGAACAACUUUUGUUUGUUCAUCACACUAGUCAAGUUUAUUAGGAAAAAAGCUAACUUGGAAUUUUUUUGUGCCAUUCCUAAUUACAUGCGGACAUAUUGCAAUUUUAUUUUUGUGAUUUUGUUUUCACAUGAAUGGCACAAAUAACCCAUGUCCUCACAUGGUUUUAUCCCUUGGACAGGUCAAUAUGGACAAACCUGCUGUUCCUAUAUUUUGUGACCAUACAGAGCAGUGACAUUUAAUGCAAUAGUAAAAAUCUGUUCUGUUCACAGUUUUUACAACUCAGACAAUCGUAAAUUAGUGAUGUUAUUGUGUGACUGUUUUAAUGACAGAGCAACAUGCUGUGUAGGUUUAAUUUACCCCUACGUUUUUUUGGCAUGCCAAGGGACGUUGAAAAGUAUAUAAUCAUACGAUAAAAUUCUCGCAUCGCGGCUUUUUGUCAAUAAAAUAAUGAAAUUCGGAAAGUUAUUUUUUCAAACACUAAAGACAUUUCUCUAUUCACCCUGAUAACAGUGUUUCUAAAUUCCUACUGGUUUCUGAGUAAUCACCUUUUUUAGUUUACACCAGCUGCAGUACCCGGCGUUGCCCGGGCUGAAUAUUGUGCGCGAGUUAAAGCAAAAUGGAUAGGGCUAUAUGGCAGUGUGGUGGACACAGAGAAAUGACACACAAUUGCUGUUUGCAGGUCUAUGACUUAUUAUUUACUGUUUACCCAUGGCGAUCGAUUGAACAGUUUAGAAGGUGAUGCGCUGCAGCACCAUCUAGCGGCGAGUUACAAAAAAAAAUGGAUGGUUUAUAAACCUUCUCCAUGAAAAAAAAAACACUUCAAUAUGCCAGUUUUUAUGGCGAUCUAUCAAACUGUCGGAGUUCAUCAAAUUUAUAUACAUUGUUUUAUCGCAUAAUCUUUGCACGCGCGUAAUCGUCGCAACCAUAUUUUAGGCUGUCAAAAUUGGGCUAAAAAAACUUCUCACGUAAACGCCACAUGAUGUUUUUGGUCCCGCUAGUACCGUAUUUACUCGUGUAUAGCGCGCCCUCGUGUAUAGCGCGCACCACGAUUUUUGCAACAAAUUCCAAAGAAAAAAAUUUUUUUUUUCCCGUAAAUAAAUUGUACUAACAUUUUGUGGUACCUGUUAAGUAAUUACGUAUGAAACAAAUGAUAAUUUAAAUUGAUGUGUGGUGAUGCGUCAGGAAAAUACUUAAACUCUGCUGUGUAGACGGAAGAUAAUGAAGCGCUGUAUCGUCACAACUGGUACGUGGGCGGGAGGAAGAGAGGCAGGCAGGAAUGUGACACGGAGUAGAUGACUCACCGGUAGCAGCUGCGACGAAGCGAAGGAAGUGGGAGGGGGACUGGUGUCAACAUUCUCUCUCUCUCUCUCUCUCUCUCUCUCUCUCUCUCUCUUUUAUUUUACUAGCUGUAGAGGGGGAGGUCUAAAAAUAAACAAGAGACCUGCGAGCUUGCGCGCGCACGUGUGUGUGUGUGUGUGUGUGUGUGUGUGUGUGUGUGUGUGUGUGUGAAAGAGAGGCCUUGUUGCUUGUGCGUAUGUGUGGGGGGCUGGCCAGAAACGUCACCCGUCAACCGGCAGUUAACGACUUCCACUCCUCCCCGCCUCAUCUACUCACUUCCCCCCCCCCCCCCCCCCCCCCCCCCCCCGUGUAUAGCGCGCAUCCUUAUUUUUUUCCUUUACUUGAGGGGAAAAAAGGGCGCGCUAUACACGAGUAUAUACGGUAGAUGCCGAGCGCUUUGUGUAGGUAUCUUUUCCGUAUAAAACAAUGUAUUUUAAAGUAGAAAUCUAAUAUUUAUUCGGUCAUUACCACUUACUUAAUAAAUUAACGGAAAAAUACGAAGUUGUUUGACAUGUAAAUUUUCUUUUAAAGACUUUUUAAACGUUAUUUCCUUUAUCUGAUUGUCUGCGUCGCCGCGGUGUAGGUAUAAUAUAAAAUUUAAUUUCGGUCAUUACCACUUCAUUUAAUUAACGGAAAUACAAAGUUGGCUGACGAGUAAAUUUUCUUAUAAAGACGUUUUUAGACGUUAUUUCCUUUAUCUGAUCGUCUGCGUUGCCGCAGCGUACCGCUUAUAAAAAUGUAGCCAGCACAUCAUUCAUGUUUGGUUAUGUUGCUUACCGUAUAGAGCGUGCGCACGUAGUUGCAUAUUGAUAUCUCGCCGAUUGGAUGCAACGCGCGCUCUCUGUCAGGUGCCGAGUUAACUACAUUUGAUAGCCCGCAUUCUUUCGUGGCAAGUGUGUACUACGACAUGUUAGUUCACGUCAGAUUCAAGUGGCUUGCGUUCGCGUUAGAGUUUUGGUUUUUCUAUUUAAAGUUGAAGAAAUUACCAGUCAUACAUUAUACAGUCAAACCUCUAUCUAUCGUUUUUCAGGGGACCAACAAAAAAAUUCAGUAGAUGCGGACAUUCAAUAGAUGUGGACUUCACUCUAAGAAUUUUAAAAAAAUAUUUCAACCUCAAAAUUAGUGUCAGAAAUAUAUCAGUUACUUGUCAUUAAAGUUAAAUCAGUUGAAAAAUAAAUAAAAAUGGAAGUAUUUUACUUAAUUUAAUUUACACUUGCAAAAAAAAAAAACAUGCGCACUAUAAAUCUACAUGGAAAUUAAAGUCUUUUUCAAUAUCCUGAAGUCUGAAAUAGGUAUGUUUACUCAUGUCAUCAAAUGUAGAGCUGUACUGAAGAAGCAGAUUUUGCCAAUAUUUAGUUGAAUCGGCAUUUCUGCCGACUUCAGAUACGCUUGUUAAUUUUCGGCCGAUAUUACUGAAAAACGAGAGAGACUGCCAUAACCUAAAAAUCCACAAUUACCCUUUUCACUUUUCGUAGUAGUACUGCAUUCUUUCAGAUCGCAUUAUUUCUUCGCAACAUGUGCCAAACGUACAUAUAAAAAUUUAACAUCCUAUUUUUCAAAAAGUUCUUUAAUUUUAAUAUGUCAUAAAUAAAUACAUUACCGUCACGGUAAAUAUACAUCUCGGUUGUUACGGUAACUGUAGUGCAAAUGUGGUAGCUAUCGUGCUUCUGUGGUAAUUAUGGUAUCGACAAAGAAUCUUUAGUUCUUUUUAUGGUAAUUAUCUUAGGAUAACAAUUGGGUUUGUACUGUAGUUAUGGUACAUCAUCCAAUUUCUUCAUAAGUUGUUGUUCAUUUGUCUUUUCUUCAUAUUUACGUGCUCCAUUACUUGGCUGCAGAUUUAAGGUGAUUUUUACUACCAUAUACUAUCGUUACUGUUUUUAUGACGGUUUCUUACUAAGAAAUGUAUAUUUCUGCAAAAUCUUUAUGGUUAAACGAUCAUCUAUUAUAAUUUAUAGUGACGGGACCACAUAUUUUGUACGAUCAAUGCGGACAAAACGAUAAUUCGAACAUCGGUACAAGCGGACUUUUUUAACCUUAGUUGUAUGGCAAUUUUGCCGGGACCGUAGAGAGUAUACGAUAAACACGGACAAUCGAUACAUGCGAGUUCGAUAGAUAGAGGUUUGACUGUAUUCAAUUAUUUAUACCAUGACAAUCUGAAUUGCAACUGCGUUGCAUUAUUUUUAAGUUUUUGAGAUAUAAUUGUUGACUUAUGGUCUUAUGAUCCUUUAUUUAAAAUACAGGGUGUCCAUAGGUAAACUAACCUAGUUUUUUUUAAAGAAUGUUUGUUGUUUGAUAUGUGCACCUUUAGUUACACGGCACACAGCCAACUUAAAGAGUCUGAUUUGGUUAACACGUCAGAGUACCUAAUGGAAGCAAUAGCCUCUUCAGUUCUGUGUCUCAACUCUGGCAAAUCAUUAGGUAGCAGUGGAACAUAAACACAAGUCUUUUAUAAAGCCCCAAAGUAAAAAAAAUCGCAUUGCGUUAUGUCAGGCGAACAGGAAGGCUAGUGAAAAAGAGCUCUGUCAUCUCUAUCAUUACGACCAAUCCAACGGUCAGGGACCUCGACGUUUAACCACUCUCGUACAAAGAGAUUCCAAUGGGGAGGGGCUCCAUCCAGUUGCCAAAUAAAGUUUACAGGUUCACUCUGUACUAAUUGGGAUAAGAGCCAUUCUUUCAUGCUAAAAGCAAGAAAAAAACAAGACAGUAUUCAGGCAUGCGUUUAUCUAAAACUUUUUGAGUUACUCUUUGUGACCUUAAACCAACACACUACAACACUUACAGUUGAUACUAUAAAUUUUAUAACUGCAACAUUCUUUAGUUUCAUGCACCUAAUCACUAAAUAUUAUCUCACGCAUAUGCUUUAGUCACAUUACGUCACACGCCUCGCAUGCGACGGCCACUGUGGCCUCCUGCCCACUCGCACUGCAUUGUCCUGCCAAGCUGGGCAGCUACUAUCACAGCACCUGUGGGAUUUAGAACAGUAAAAAGCAGAGUUCCAAUAUGGUGCUUGUCUGCCCGUCUGGGACAUUCCAGAGGUGAGUCCGAUAAGUGAAAGCCACCAAUCUGCUGGACAGGAAGUAAAGAUUUAACAUUAUUAUUUGGGGACGAGAAUUGACGUUCAAGGAUUUGAUGAACUGCUGUUUUCCUCCCUGCAUGUAGACAGUUUCCCAGCGCUAGUGCAGAUUGAUACGGCAUCUAUUUACGCAAAAGAGAUAACACUGGCCGAUAUUAAAAAAAUAACAUACUACACAUACUGCAGGUAAUGUACGUAAUUAACAAUAAGAUAGAUUUUCAUUUCUGGGCAGGAUCAAAGCAUAACCCAUUACACAGAAAACCCAUUAUAGAUGAUGUCCAAAAAUUCGUAACAUCUACCAUACCAACAAGAUGAAUUAACUCCUGACGUUUCCUCUUGGUAGGCACAGUUAGCAAGGCAAGCCCCAUUAAGAAACACCAACAGAUGUAAUGAAGUAAUUGUGGGCUCAUUUCAUUAAUCUCUAAAUCAAGAAAAAAAAAGUUGCCAUUUUAUAGCAGUACAUUAUUUUUCUUUCAUAAAGUAUUCUAGAAUGUUACAGUACGUAGAGAAUUGUGUUUGUUAGCGUAGAAACUAAGUGUGCAACUAAUGAUAAUUGUUACUUCUUACAUGUGUAUGUGACACAAUUUCACAAGCAGUUGUAUAUUUUUAUACAAUCCAUAGCGGUUCGGAAAACUGUGUAUUUAAACUACGUACUGUGUUCUAACAAAGACUGGUACAAAUAUAAUUUUUUAAAUUUUCUAAAAGAAUGUUUACAAAUAAUUUUGAAAGUGCAUUUACUACUUAGUAUUGCUGUGUAAUGAUAAAACUCCAAAUACCUAUGAUGUAAAAACUAGUGUGUGUUGUGUGUGCCAAAGUGUUUAAGUGUAGUAAUUGUGAUGACUUUGCCAUUGUAAUAUAUUUCUUCUUUUAUAAACUUUUUCACAAAGUAA